UCCUUUCCUCUUGCGAACUUUGCUGUUCGCUUCGGCUGCCCUUCCAUAACUCCUCGACCAGCACACACGCGCGCGCGCGCACGUUUCGCCGUUCUGCAAUCGGCGUAUACGGCUGGUGGGGGGGUGGGGGGGCGUUCGGGAGAACCUCUUGUGAACGUGUUGCUGGAGUCGUUUCGUGAUACACAGAGGAGGGGGAGUUUUGUUGGUGGUUGUUGGGUGGAGAGGUGAAAUCGGGGGCCGAACAACGUCAGUCGUUCAACAGCAGCGGCAGACUGGAGAAGCGUCGACGGUGACCGGAGAGGAGAGGCGAGCAGAGAGUCAUAGGCAUCUCCUCGCAGUCGGCAGAGGCUCGCAAAGAUGCGGUGGGUGGCCGUGCUGUUCGCGUUAGCAAUCUGCACGAGCACCGCCAAUGCGGGUAACAAGGUGUACAACGGACCGUGCAAUGGGCGCGACUGCUCCGGUGGCUGCAAGUGCUUCCCGGAGAAGGGGUCGAGGGGACAUCCAGGAUCCAUCGGCCCUCAGGGACCAAAAGGAGUUCCAGGCUUUCCAGGCCCCGAGGGCGUAGCAGGCGCUGCGGGAAGGAAAGGAGAUGAAGGGACCCCAGGUUUUGCCGGGGAGAAGGGAGAAAAAGGCCCCAUUGGCGUUCCAGGCUUCCCUGGUAAUAAUGGUGUUCCGGGCCACCCUGGCCAGCCCGGAGUGAGGGGCAUCCCCGGCCUCGACGGCUGCAACGGCACGAGGGGAGACGCCGGUUUCUCCGGAGACAACGGAUACCCCGGAUCGUCGGGCCGCCCGGGAAUAGUUGGGCCUAAAGGCCAGAAGGGAGAACCUGUCACCACACCUCCCGGAUACAAGGGCGCGACGGGAGAAAAUGGCUACCCAGGACAAGAUGGCCUCCCCGGCCAGAGCGGAUUUGUGGGGCAACCAGGGCCAGCUGGCCCCCCAGGACCUCUGGGCUUCCCUGGUCCACCCGGCCCACCUGGCUUGCAAGGAGAAAUGGGCAAUCCGGGUAUUGGACGCCAAGGAGAGAGAGGUGAAAAGGGUGAAGUCGGCCCUCCUGGUCCUCCUUGGAACGGCUCUCCAGUCAAGGGGCCUGGCACCAGCCCCCUGCUAAAGGGGCUGAGUGGAGACAAGGGAGACCGAGGCUUUGAUGGAAUUUCCGGCGCUUUCGGGAUUCCUGGCGUCGACGGCCUCCCAGGGCUUCCUGGGCCGAUGGGAGAGAAAGGAAUCAUAGGUCUGCCUGGCCCAAGGGGUUUUCCUGGAGAGGAUGGAAUUCCUGGACAUCCAGGAAAGAAGGGCUACAUGGGGAACCCUGGCAUCCCGGGAAAGAACGGCAAUCCUGGAAUUAAGGGCGACCGAGGAGAAAUAGGGCCCGCCGGUCCCACCAUUUUCCUGUCGCAAAAUGGAAUCACCAAAGGGCCCCCUGGUGACCCUGGUCCGAGCGGACCCCGUGGCCUGCAGGGAGACUCUGGGUACCGUGGCCAACCUGGGUUGCCCGGGCAACCCGGCUCCCCGUCGUUUGGAAGAGGCGAGCCAGGCCAUAUUGGUGCCCCAGGAUUUCCAGGACCGCGUGGAGAGAAGGGAGAUGCCGGCCUUCCUGGCUCCGGAUUGCCAGGUCUUCCUGGACUCGACGGAUCUCCCGGUUUCCCAGGGAUUGCUGGGCCCCCGGGCAUUCCUGGACAAUUAAUAAUAGACCCUAACUAUAGGGGUGAUGGACAAAUUGGAGACCCAGGCUCCAGUGGGCCUCACGGACAUCCUGGAUCGGCCGGUGACAAAGGAGAUCAAGGAGACCCGGGCGACUGUGCUUGUAACGGUGGCGGUGGUGACUCCGGAUUUCGUGGACCGCCAGGGUUAGCCGGUCCGCCAGGGCAAACAGGAAACCCAGGUUAUCCCGGGCAGAAUGGGUUACCCGGAGACCCCGGCCUUCCCGGCAAUCCUGGCCAGCAAGGAAUUCGGGGUUUUUCUGGAGAGUUUGGUAUUCAAGGACCCAAAGGACAGAAAGGAGACUCAUACAUCCCAACUUUGAAAGGUCCCAAAGGAAACCGUGGCGAUCCAGGAUUCCCGGGGACUUCAGGAGCACCAGGCCAGCCCGGCAGAGAUGGGUUCCCAGGACAGCCGGGUGCAAAAGGACGUCCCGGCGAUGGUGGGCAGGGCCUGGUUGGUGACAAGGGAAUGCCAGGCUUCCCAGGAGUUCCUGGCCAGCCUGGAGCGAUUGGAGCAACUGGACCAGGAUUCCCAGGAGCUCCAGGCUCACGAGGGCCUGCUGGAGAGCCCGGACAAGAAGGAUAUCCUGGGCCCAUCGGACCUCCAGGAAUGCCAGGUGAUGUCCUGCCGUGUGUGAUUCCUGGACCGGCCGGGAGCACAGGCCCCCCGGGACUUCCAGGAGGUCCAGGCCCGAAGGGGGAGUCUGGUUUCCCAGGAGUCCCCGGGCAGCCUGGAUUUACCGGGCCGAAGGGACAGCCUGGUGACCCAGGCUGGGUAACGUCCCCUGGUUCACCAGGCCAACAAGGUGAGCGGGGCGACCCAGGAGUACCCGGUUCUCCGGGUUUCUUGGGACAGCCCGGCCUGCCAGGGAAACCUGGAUUGCCCGGAGUCCACGGAGCAAAGGGCGAGAGAGGCGACGUUCUGUUCGCCACUCCCGGAGAACCCGGGGAUCCGGGGAGACCGGGAUUUUUGGGAAUCAAGGGAGAGAGGGGCACGCCAGGCCGGCCCGGCAUGCCAGGAGGGGACGGUCGCCCCGGCGGUAACGGAUUCAAGGGAGAACGAGGCAAAGACGGGCAGCCAGGCUUCCCCGGGAGCCCCGGACCCCCCGGCAUUUCCGGGGGUGAUGGAUUCCCAGGGCCGCCUGGGCCCCCUGGUCCACUCGGCCCACCUGGAAGAGCAGGCAGGCCUGGUCUGAAGGGCUCUCCCGGAGACAGUGGCAUCCCAGGCCCCUUCGGGAUGAAGGGAUUGCCAGGGCCACCUGGGUUUGCGGGCCAACCAGGGUCCAAGGGCUUCCCUGGCCCUCCAGGGAGCCCUGGGUUAAAUGGCGUUCCUGGAUCUUCAAGUGUGAAAGGUGCACAGGGUAGCCCUGGUGUGGAUGGCUUUCCUGGGAUGCCUGGACAGAAGGGUUCCCCAGGAUACCAAGGGGUUAAAGGGCAGCCCGGCCCACCAGGAUUCCGGGGCGGAAAAGGUCCCUUUGGCCCCAGUGGACAAAAAGGUGAUCGUGGUGAUCCUGGCCUGCCAGGAGAUUUUAUACAUGUUCUACCAUCUGAAAUACGUGGAGAUCUGGGUGAUCCGGGCUCGCCAGGUGUUCCCGGCUUCAGCGGACCAAGGGGUGAUGAAGGCAUGCCCGGUUUCCCUGGAAGCCCCGGGUCCCCAGGCCGCCCAGGCAGCCCCAAUUUCAGUAAAGGUCCCCCUGGAGAUCAUGGCCGCCAAGGUGUCCCCGGCUCCCCUGGGUUCCCUGGACCCAGAGGCAGCCCCGGCAUCGUGGGUUUCCCAGGCUUGGUCGGGGAGCAGGGGCAGCCGGGCAGCUAUGGCCCUGCAGGGCAACCAGGUUUCCCAGGGUCGCCUGGCAUCAAAGGUGAUCCUGGUGAUGCCACGGGAUUCCCUGGGCCACCAGGCCGCAAAGGAGAGAAGGGAAAUCGUGGUGUGGAUGGAGAUACUUUUUCUUUCGGACCGCCCGGAGAUCGGGGCAGCGAUGGCCACCAGGGCGCCUGCGGUGAAAAUGGACUUCGCGGAGACCCGGGCCGAGCUGGCCAACCUGGGUUCCCCGGGCUGAAAGGAAUGCCUGGUUUCGACGGGCGUCCAGGGUUGGAUGGACAACCCGGAAAUCCGGGUUUCCCUGGGUCUCCUGGAGGCCCCGGCCAAAAAGGUUUCCCUGGGGCUCCGGGCCUCCAUGGCUUGAAUGGACUUCCAGGAUCCAAGGGCCCUCCAGGGACACAAGGUCCGUCUGAGCCAGGUCUGCCCGGGCCACCAGGCUUCCCAGGCUUGAAGGGAUCGGAGGGGGAGCCAGGCAGAGGAGGUAACGAGCUUGGGCCAACAGGCCUCAAAGGAUCCAAGGGCGACCCAGGGUGCACCGGUCCGAUUGGCCGGCCCGGCAUCCCGGGCCUUCCAGGACAACCUGGCUUCAUAACCGGAGAUCGUCCUGGCGCACCUGGGAACGUCGGCUCACCCGGUCCAAGCGGACCUCCAGGUCGCCCAGGGCCCCCUGGAGCGCCCGGACUUCCGUCGCUACAGGUCGAGAGGGGAGAACCAGGAUAUCCGGGAAUACCGGGAGGACAAGGGCCGCCAGGAUUCCGCGGGAACGACGGUCUUCCUGGAGUUCCGGGACCUCCCGGUCCUUCCGGGCAAAAGGGUCUGAAAGGAGACCCUGGCCAAAUGGGAUUCCCUGGCAGAGAUGGCCUUUCGGGUGACCCAGGAUACACGGGGAUAAAAGGGGCCAUGGGUAAUUCAGGGCCACCAGGCCCCCCAGGCCCUCCUGGCCCAAUUCCAAGGCCAGAAGACAUCAACAUUCCUCCCGGAAUCCCCGGAACCCCAGGCACACCUGGAGCCAUGGGAGACGAGGGUGAAUCCGGAAGACCAGGCUUUCCCGGAAGCGCAGGCAAAAAGGGCAGCCCAGGAUAUCCAGGAAAGCCAGGCUUGAAUGGCCUGCCAGGCCCAGAGGGGAGCCUUGGAGACCCAGGUAUUCCUGGGCAACCAGGACAGGUUGGCUCACAAGGUUCUCCGGGAAAUCCAGGCACCGUGGGCAUUCCCGGAAUGCCGGGCCGCGGCGUGAACGUGGGCUUCCUGCUCGUCAAGCACAGCCAGACGGAGCAGGUGCCGCAGUGCCCCGUGGGCAUGGCCAGGGUGUGGGACGGAUUCAGCCUGCUGUAUGUGGAAGGCAGCGAGAAGUCCCACAACCAGGACCUGGGCAUGGCCGGCUCCUGCCUGCCGCGCUUCAGCACCAUGCCCUUCGUCUACUGCAACAUCAACGAGGUGUGCAACUAUGCGUCGCGCAACGACAAGUCCUACUGGCUCUCCACGACGGCGCCUAUCCCCAUGAUGCCCGUGGCCGAGGAGCAGAUCCGGCAGUACAUCAGCCGCUGCUCGGUGUGCGAGGCACCGUCGCAGUCCAUCGCCGUGCACAGCCAGGAUGUGAGCAUCCCGCCGUGCCCCACGGGAUACCGCAGCCUCUGGAUCGGCUACUCCUUCCUCAUGCACACGGCGGCCGGCGCGGAGGGCGGCGGUCAGUCGCUGGCUUCGCCAGGCUCGUGCCUCGAGGACUUCCGCGCAACUCCCUUCAUCGAGUGCAACGGCGCCCGCGGCACCUGCCACUACUUCGCCAACAAGUACAGCUUCUGGCUCACCACGGUGGACCCGGCGCGGCAGUUCGAGGACUCGCCGCCGCCCGAGACCAUCAAGGCCGGGCAGCUGCGCACGCGCGUCAGCCGCUGCCAAGUGUGCAUGAAGAACCUCUGAUGGAGAAGCACCCCCCGCCCCCAUCCCCGGACUGUAGCGGCAGAGGGCCCGUAAACUGCAAGCGACGGCGCGUCGUCGGCUGAACGGCGAGCAGUUUUAAAUCCGUUUCCGUUAUUGUUUCAAAGCCGUGUAAAUGUUUAUAUCAGGGGGAUUCGAAGAGAUAUGCUCGCGCACCAUGGAAUUAACGGUUGAAAGAAAAAAUGUUUUAUUCGUGCCGUGUGUUUUUCUUAUUUCUUUUUUGGCGGCAAUGCGACUGCGUGAUUGCGCAAUGUGCAUCGAUCAAACACAUUGGCAAGACCGCGAUUCGCGGGGAUUUUCGAUCGCUGACCCUUUUAGCUUUUGAGCGAGCCGCUGGGUGCCGUGCCUUGACGUUCGCACAGAGACAGCGCCGUGUAAAGGUGUGCGCUUCUGGCGUCGAGGAAGUACUUUUCCCAAAGCGUCAAAUCUGUGACGGGCGUGGGCAGGGAAAUCAUUGGCGUGCGGGCGGACAGUAGCUGCUGCUUGUUGCCUUGGUUGUGUUGCAGUUAAACACGGCACUCAUCGGGCAGUCGAAUUAAGUGCCCAAAGAGAAUAGUGCAAAAUGAAGUAAGCAAACGUAAUGAUAGGGACGCUUAUGAAUACAAUUGUACUUUUUCAUCAAUUAAAAAGCCCAACAGCUCGCAAGAUAGCUUGUGUGUGUGUGUCACUGCAGAGAGCACACGUUUAGUCAAAAGUACCCAAGGUGCAGAAAGGAAGUGAAUGCAUACAUCCAGUCUCGUUUUUCAUCCCUUUUCACAUCCGCGUAUCCUAUCAGCGAUAAGUCCAGGUGAUGCUGCAAGCCAGAGCAGUCAACACGUCGGCCCGUUACCUCGUCGCAAGUACCAAUGUAUUUGGGUGCUGAAACUAAACAACCUUGAAAUCGCCUCGUCCGUCCGUUUGUCACCUCUGGGUCCGUGUAGGAGGUGGUCAGAUAGGUGGGAUGUGGAGGAGGGGGGGGGGAGCCCAUUGGCCGACUAUCGCAUUGACUGCUGAGCGAGAAGCUAUCCCCAUUGGCCACCAAAAUCCCAUAUCGAGUCAAACAAAAACUGAAAGCAUCCGCCCUGGCCCUUCAACGUUACCGACACGCUGGCCUGCCAAUGUUUUAUCUUUUAACAUGUACUUUCGAUCACAUCGUGCUAAGUCUUGACGUAUUCGGUUUCGGACGAUACGUCGCAAUCGUGAACAUAUUGGGUUUAGAGGUUGUCGCCCAAAUGGCUCGUACGAUGGGAGUGGGUGCACGAGACCAUAUUUGAGUGGCACAUUGUUUUGGCACAGUUCCACUCGGCCUGUACGCACGGCACGAGAGUAGAACACACCGCGCACAGCCCCUGCAAUAUGUACUGUAUUUCUCAUAGGCCGAGCUUCGUGUUAGUGGGGGGCUGGGUGGGGGUCCUUUGUAGCGGUCUCAGAAGACGCUUGUUGUUUGAGAUUUGUGACCGCUGUGCCGUGUGGCUGGGUGCAUGUCACUCUUUAUAUUAUUUUUCUACAAUGGUGCUCAGAAGAAAUGCUUCCAGGAACGAGAGGGUGAAGGAAAGAAAAGCGCUCGUUUGACAGCAUCAUGACUUGGCAGUCGUAACAAGGUCGUAAACACAAACACCGCGCGGCUCUGUAUCGUUCUUUUGCGGAAGGCUAAGAGAUGGGAAAAGUCUCAAAAUCAUAAACCCCGAGACGUAAAAAAAUAUCUCAAUAAUGUUCUGUAUGUGUGUACAUUUUAAUUCUGGCUGCUGCUGACCGGUGAACAUUAUCACUGUCAACAUUACACACGUGAGGUUCAAUUGUCUGCGAAGGCUGGGGUGAUUGAGUCGCCUGUAUGAAGACAUCCUUCAUGGUCUGAGGACUCUCUCGCACAGCCACAGCGACGGGAGCAUCAAAAGACUGUUCAGCAUGUGCUUGUGCCCUGGGCCUCACACAAUCGAGGGCCCACAACAGGAAAUCCUGUGUUUUUGUCACGAAUGAAAUAGGUAGGCCCCAGGUGGAGCUAGGCUGCCCCCACCCCCACCGCGGAUUUAUCCAUGGAAAAUCCUAUUAUCCACGCAUUCAAUCGAUCAAUCUUUAUUUUACGUGCCAAUAUCAGCCCUCGGUGAAGUUGGCAUCGGUGCACAUUACAGCGGAACGGGAACUUUACCAGGGGCACGGAAGCAACAGAAAUGAGAACCCCGUCACGUGCCAUAAGCGGCUAACGCCAACCGAGCAAAGUAAAUUGCAAACGCGCGCAAAAUAAAAGUGCAACCGUGCGGCAACGAAUCGCAUAAGAAAGUUAAUUGGUAAAUAAAUGAAAAGAAAAGACGGUUUUCAUUUAACUUUUUUCGUUCAUCCGAAGAUCAACGCUGACCUCAAACAAGGCAGCAAAUUAUUCCUGAAUGUAUGUGCUUACCGCAGGUGAUUCGCCUACACACAGUCGACCGGAUUAAGCUAAAUUAUUCCCAUUUCGACGCUUAUCCACAAGUCGGAUGUCACCCAAACGUGGUGGAAAAAUCAUCCCCAUUAUCCGUGUUCCCGGAUAUUAGGAUCCACCAAUUCCGCUCCUUGUGGAUGCGUAUAAGAAUAAUUUCACGAUAAGGUAUUCUCAUGACUGUAUUUUUACCGAAGCAAAAAAACAUGCCCAUAUAUUUCAACAACUAUCUAUCUAUUUUAAACGUGAGUGGAAUGAAGACAUCACUUGUUGCUUAUGUCAAGUAUGCAAAUGCGACAGCACAAGUGAGGUUUUUUUUUUUCAUAAUAAAAAAAAGAAUUUCCAAUUGUCAGGGCAAACUUGAUAACAGUUUUUAGCAUCAGUGUUCAUUGUUCAAAUCCACUUCGAUAAAACUCACACGUGUGCCGCGGGCAUCAGUCUAUACUAUCUCCUGACCCAAAGUUCUCACCUCCAAACGCCAUCCUUUAUCUCAAACUCGUUGCUCCAAAGCAAGUCUAUUGACGAAGCCGAAGUACGGAGGCACACGGUAGCAGAGGUUGGCCCUCUCACUGACCCAGGCACCCGCUAAUUCACCCAACCCCGGCCUCCACUCACGCCGUCCACACACAUCAAGCAAAAGGGAUUUCCUUCCACGGGUCAUUCACUGGAGGCCAAAGUUCCUUCCACUCGGGGCAUCAACUCUCGCCGGAAACCGUCACCAGCAAUCAUUGAGGACCGUUGCCGCUGUUUCGCAACGUAAACAAAUUAGUCACCCAAAUCUGGGCGAAGUCUAUAAUCGCUGCUUCAUUGAGUGGGCACAAUCGCGAUGGUAACUUCCGAUCAAAUCGCAGACACGGGGUGGGGUGCACAUGGCGACCUUGAAGUUGUUGUGCUCCGUGAACCAAUCGCAGGGAAUUUUUAAACACGCGCGCUUGCGUUCCGUGGACAGACCGAACGAACUCCCGUCACCUCCCAAUGCCAUUGCCGCACAAAGUGGCCGUGGUUGCUCCGAAGAAAAUGCGUUUGCCCGGUCAUGAUUGUUUGGUGACUUGUUGCCGUGAAAUUGCCCCGAUCGUAUCGUAGUAAUUCAUAUUCUUAGGUUUUUUUCGGUAAAGUCACGUAGGUAAAAAAAUUAAAUUAAUAAAAGUAAAAUAAAAAAUAAAAUAAAAAUCACGACGUUUCGGAGGCAACACAAGCUUUACCGAAAAAACCUAAGAAUAUAAAUCCUUGCAGUCACGAAAGCUUCAAAUCUAGAACGUAUCGUAGUAAGUUAGAGCCUCUGCUGUUGUUCGUAUCCAGGGGCGACUGGGCCCAAGGCCCCUUUAGCUACUGGAGCAAUGGCUCCUGCAAAGUCAGUCUUUUAAAAACUCAGGACGCAGGAGAUGAUGGCAAGCACAGCAUUCCGAUGUGGGAGGUGUGGGCCUUAAAGUCCACCGACAGCGCCACCACGCCUAAGGUGUCCUAAAGUUGUUGUGCCCCAUGCGACAUCGACAUUAGAAAUUAGAGCAGCAGCGAUAAUGGCUAUCACUUGUCCCCAUCAGCGUUCUCAAACUCGGUGCACGGGUAAUGUUGGCUUUUGUUUUAACUGCCUUCACGUGGCUGAGCAUGGCUAAACUUAAAUGUUAUUUGUCUGUGUUUCUAUGACUUUCCAACGCAAAAUUACCCCUUGUGGCAAGACUAUCGAAGAAACUGGGGAAACAUUUGACGCUUGAGUAACCGGCGUGUACACUACGGUUGAUGAUUACAAAACAAACGAGAUUUUUUAUUGCAAAAUCCACUGUAUUUUAAAAUCUGUAUUUCCAUCUAAUCUUGCUUUCAGGGAGAGAAGAAAAAUGUCCUUUGCGUCACAGACUUUGUAAACUUCCUUUUCCCGAAGCACAAUUUAAUAAUCGUUUCAUUAAUUAGCAUUUACCUUUGUACACGUUUAAAAAACUGCUUCGUGGAAGUUGUACUCAAACAUUAAGUGUGAACAUGGCAAAAUGUACGUCGACUGACAGGCCUGUUUUAACUACUCGCAGAGUGUAGCAGUCUAUAUUUAGUAACAGUCUAUAUUGAGUAACAGUAUGCAUUUAGUAACAGUCCAUAUGUUGCACCCUCUCCAUCCCCAUACGUGCAUCCCCCUCAUGGUGGUAUCAGUGGACGACUCGCUCAGAGCAAGUUGCUGCACAAAUUCCCUUUUCUCAUCUUCACAUACAGAAAACAAAAAAUCAGCCUCCUCUUUGAGAAAUUAUCUCUGUUCCCCCCACCACCACCCUAAAAAAAAAAGUCUGGAACUCCCUUUCCCCUGCCAUUCGUGCUGUCGAAUUCCUGCCUCUCUUCAAUUCCACACUCAAGACCCCUUACUCGUUUUUCUGCACGUGACUGACUUCCCCGUCUCUCUGUAUGCAUCGAAUCUUCCCGCUGUGUCUCUAUCAAGUGUUUUGAGACGCGGUGACGUGCACACGCUGUGUAAAAACAAAGUGUGUUGUAAUUGUUUUGGAAUUGACCCUUUUGCACCUCCAGUUUGCACACUGACUUCCAAACCAAUGGCAACACUCUGUGGCCUUCACAACAAUAAUUCCCAAAGCGAAGCACCGGAAUUUAGAAGACGUCGUGGCUCAUGUGAUGAUGUUGCAUCCUGGUAUGAUGACAUUAUAUAGUCUGAACAAAAAAACGUAUCCUGAUCUACUGUCAAACCGUCGGCAAUGUUGAACGGGUAAUGCCACUGCAGCUAGCAUCAGGUUUGUGUGCACUACAUAAUCCAUAAGAAUCCACACAGGGCAAUCAGAAGCUUGACAUACUUGAAAAGGACAAUUAUCUACAUUGAAUGUGGUGCUCGCGUGAAUUGAGUCGGUGUUUUUCAACCUUUUUAAGCCACCAAUUCUACGGUGGCGCCCUUUGCGAAUCGAAUGCCACGGCUAAUUAGGGUGCAAUCACUUCAGACCGAAAUCCACAAUUCAUACCACUGCCGUGUGAGACUGCCUGACAUACUGCAAAAAACGUGUUAUAUUACGUGUUACACUGCAAUUAAAGUCCCCUUUUUGGAUGGAAAUUACAUCAAAACGCGGAGGUAUAAUUUAAAUGAAUACCUUUUAAAGAUCUUCAUUUUUUCCCCCUGAUCUGUUUCUGAAGUGAAUCUAUUGCAGCCAGCAGAAAACCCUGCGCUGGUGAUUAUAGAAGUCUGCCGAAGAUCGAGAUGCUGCCACCGUUUAAAAGUGAAUAGACGCGGGCAGUUUGGUAUGAUUACACUCGUUUAAUGGGCAAAAAAACACAAGUACAUGGAAGCAUGUGACGGGCUUUGAAAAGUCAGGUUUCUUUUUUUUUUAAGAUAACUGCAAAGUACAAUAUUGUACUGUAGAGCAAAAUGCAUUUUUUUAUUGUUUCUACAAAUGUUUUAAUAACAGACAAAAAAAUAUCUCCUUCGGUUACAGGAAAUAUGUAGAGAAUUAAAUGUUUAUAUUUUUCAAAUGAGCUCAGGAAAAAAAAAAAACCUUUUCUUUAAUGCCAAAUUAAAUUCGCAUGAACAGCGAUCUGACAACGACCUCUUGAGAGCCGGUCUGCACCAGCUGUAAAACAGCUGACAUCGCUCGCAAGAUCAGAGCGCUCCAAAUCCGUUGAAAGGUGACAAAUAUCUUAUUUUUUAACAUUUCAGAGCAUUUCAAUGUUACUUAAGAUAUUUCCCUCAUCCAGGCUACUAUUUACUUUUUUCAGGAACAGUUCCAUAAGUAUAUCCCCCCCCCUAGUAAUACACUCUGCUACUCCCAGCCACGACCGUUUAUAGCAUCUGGCCCCACAGUUGUCUCGAGUUUUGACAAAACUGACCUCCAGUUGAAAAGAAAGAUUACUAGACCGUCUGUCAAGGCGGUCACCGAGACAUUGUGUGGGUGUGUUGACUUUCAUUGGAUGUCAUCAAAAAAAGUCACGUGCAUCGGCCCACAACUGUGAUAUUCACAUCUGCACCAAGGCCAGCAUCAUGGUCAUAUCUCCCAAUAUGAAACAGAAUACGCUAAAUAAUUAAACUGGGGUACUCUUUAUCGGUCGGGAGGUCGUGUGUGGGUGAGGUAAAUAAUAAUGGGUACUCCCAUCUCUUCUGAGACUUGCGUGGAAGAGUAGGCCAAAUGCCCUCUAGAGAGGCCCUCUAGAAGGGAUUUGGCAAACAGCUCCAUGGAGUGGAGGCCCUUCCGCUAGCAGUCACGUGGGUGGGCAAUUCCGGGGCUGCACCUAUACCAAUUAUCCAGUGAGAAUGCAGCAAUAAAGUUUAAAUGUUGACAAACGCAUUUCAUGCACUUAGGUAGUAGAUACAUUUUUGGGGAAAAAAUGCUUUUACUUUGCCGCUACAGAUCGCAACAUAAAUAUAUAAUUUACUUCAGCGCACGUGCGAAAUUCGACAUUUAAUGGUUUAAAACAAAUGGCAGGCUUCGCUUGACCACGUGACAAUAAGCUAGUGGCUAUUACAGCACAACGAUAGCAAGUUGAUGAAAUGCCUUGAACAUCUUUUGAGUGUUUUUUUGUCGUGCUUUAGUCGUACAGAUUUGUUUGAGCCACGAAAUGGUUGUUGUUUCCGUUAUGUAAAUUCGCGUUAACAAAAAAAAUUGGUUCCGAAGAGAGGGUAGACGUUUUAAAUGUGAAACAUUUACCAUUGCUACGUACUGUCGUGUCUUUGUUUUAUGCCUCCUUUGUGUUUUUGACAAAAUAAGCAUCCAUUCAAGACGUGUUUAUGUACCAAAAUGGUCUCCAUUUCUUGGCAAAACGAACACACACUUAGCGUUAGACAAGGUGCCACGGUGCUUGGAUGAAUUCAUUAAAACCUGUGCUCGGGCAUAUAUGACUCCGCAAAAACACCCUUCACAAACUCACUGCUGCCUUUGCUUAUCCUUCAUUGGAGACAGACGUGGAAGGAAAUUAUUAAGUGAUAUAUGCAAGAAGAUUUAUUAUUAUAACACAAACAUUUUGAUAAAAACAAUGGCUUGGUGGAACGAUUUAUACAAACAGUACUUGCUAUUUUCGUAUUUGACUUGGUGCUACAGACGAAGAGAGUCCUAUUUAACGUACACGUACCGUAUUAUUGUACUUGAUGUGGUGCUUGACUUUAUAAAAGCUAAAAUGUAAAAAAUGACAUUCUAUACGCUCGUUCGCAAUCAGGCCUAUUGUAAAUUGGGUUAAAAGAGGACCGCCCUUCAGUUAGUAUGAGUAUAGUGUUUAAUAUGAAUUAUCUUUCUUUUCAGUUCCGCUAUUGAUAAAUGCAGUAAUGAAAUAUUAAUUGCGUGUUAACUGCAAGGCAUCGCUCUUUUUGCCCAAGUUCUUGUGCCUAUGUAUUGAUUGCAAACAGAUAAUGUAUCGUGCAGUUUACUGCAAUCCCAUUGUUUUUUUAUCUCAGAUAAUUAUUACUGUAAUUAUGGGUUAUUAAUUUCAGAUAUUCAUAUUGAUGUUGUAUUAAUGAUGCCUUAACAAUGUUUGCAAAAACAUUCAAAAUACUGAAAAAACACAAUUUAUGUAAAGAAUCAAGACAUCAUUUCUCUCUGCUGUAAACCUGAACAACAUUGGUUAUGCUCUUAUUGACAUAAAAUCUGAUGUGACGAGAACAUUGAAAAUCUAAAGCUAACCAGCUUUGACGCGUUUUAUUCAAUUGUUCUUCAUUAUUCAGCAAUCAAGCAGGACACUUCAUCGAAAAUUCCACUCAUGAUUGUUAUUGUGUGAAUAUUUAACAUUAAAGUUUAAUAUGCAAAGCUUAAAACACUCGCUUGGAAAAAGUUAAAAUCCAGCAUUGUUAUAUUCUAUCCAGUCUGUGUAAUUCUGAGAUGGCAUGAUAUUAAAAUCAAAUAAACAAUUGUUAACUGUA